GCCUCCUAGUUUCCUAGAAGGGCCCUCCUUUCCCUCUAGAAGAAGAAGACGAAGGCGAAGGAGGAGAAGAGGAGGAGGACUGAGGUUUGGCUCCCUCCCUGUGGCUCUGGAGGCAAGUCAUUUUGCAAUCCUUUGCCUGAGACAAAAUCUAACAGAAGAGGGCUGUGAUUCUUCGUCCCUCUUGGAGACCAACUUGGAGGAAGUGGUGAAGAUGGAGAAGCAAAAAUUCUCUGACCCUGAAGCCAGAAGAGGCUCUUGGGCCAUUAAGUCCAGAACUGAAAAGACCAAGCAGAAGAACAACCUGGCUGACUGCAACUUCAGCCCAGAUGUAUCGUGCCAGUAUUUCCGGCAUUUCCGCUACCAGGGAACUGAGGGGCCUCGCAAGGUUUGCAGCCAACUCCACACACUUUGCCAUCAGUGGCUUCAGCCAGAGCGACAUACUAAGGCUGAGAUUAUGGACAUGGUGAUCCUAGAGCAGUUCCUGACUGUCCUUCCAUCGGAGAUUGAGAGUUGGGUCAGAGAGUGUGGGCCAGAGACCAGUUCUCAAGCAGUGGCCUUGGCCGAAGGUUUCCUCCUGAGUCAGGCAGAGGAGAAGAAACCCAAAGAGCAGCAGAACUUGUUUGUGGAAAAGACGGCUGAGGUGGAGCAGUCUCCUGAAUCCAAGCAAGUGGAUCCCAAGGAGAUCGAGCUGUAUUGUGACAGAGUGUCCCCUUCAGAGGGCAAGGGAAUAAGGACAGGGCCUCUGUGUACAAGGGCAUUUCCUCAUCAUGAUGCUCUCAGAACACCUUCUGAGUUCCUGGACCAGAUGAUCUUCAAAGAGGUGGCAGUGGAUUUCACCGAGGAGGAGUGGGCCCUGCUGGAUCCAGGCCAAAGGGCUCUUCAUGGGGAAGUGAUGGCAGAGAAUUGGGGGGUUGUAUCCUCUCUGGAUGCUGAUGGACAAGAGGGUGAGAAGGAAGAAGCUUGCACAGCAUUGAUGGAAACCCCCCAACCUGAACAGAUGAAAGAGAGUGAAACAAAACAUGAAAUUCAAGAAGAGAGGAGGAACAUGUCCCCUGUUUUUCAAGAAGAGAACGUUUGUGAACUCUCAUUCCAAGAAAUAACACAGAAAGGAAAGGAAAGGCUUAUUUGUGUUUGUCUUGCGUGUGGGAGAGGCUUUACUUGCAAAGCCAGCCUUAAUCUUCAUCGAAAGACUCACACAGGGGAGAAACCUUUCAAAAGUGAGGAGUGUGGAAAUACCUCUGCUCUGAUUUCCCAUAAAGUAAUUCAGACAAGUGACAAACCAUUUCAGUGUGUGAGGUGUGGAAAGAGCUUCAAGUGGGAAUCUUACUUGAAAGCACAUGUAAGAACCCACACAGGGGAAAAACCCUUUGAAUGUCAGGUGUGUGGGAAAAGUUUUCGACAGAGGACACAAGUCAGUCGUCAUCAAGCGAUUCACACGGGGGAGAGGCCAUUUAAGUGCUUGAAGUGUGGGAAAACUUUCAGUCAGAAGACAAACCUCACUCGUCAUCAAGCAACACACACAGCAGAGAGACCCUUUCAGUGCUUGGAGUGUGGAAAGAGCUUCAGGCAGAAGAGAGGCCUUGCUUGUCAUCAAACAACCCACACAGGGGAGAAUCCAUUUAACUUCUUAGAGUGUUGAAAGACUUUCAGUCAGAACAUGUGUCUCAUUUGCCAUCAAGUAUCACACAUGGGAGAAGCCAUUUCAGUGUUUGCAGUAUGGAGAAAGUUUCAGGAAAAAGACAGGCCUCACUUGUCAUCAAACAACAUGCACCGAAAAGAAACCAUAUAAACCAGGGGUUGGCAACUGGAAAGCAAGGAGGGGGUCCAUAACUUUCUAAGAAACCUUGUCACCCUCAAACAAAAUGUCAUAUAGUUUCCCCUCCAAAUGCCCUCUAGGAGGUGCAGUGGAGAAUUUUUGCCAUAUUUUAAGACCCCAGGGUCAUUUUAGGCAUAGGAGAGGUCUUUCUUAACAACCAAGAGUGGGCAGAAGACACUUCCUGAUAACUUCCUAAAACGGCCUCUCCUGAGCCUAAAAUAGAAUCACAGAGCUAGAUGAGGAAUUGUAGGUCAUCAGGUCUAACCCCUGCUCAAUGCGGGAUCUCCAGCUAGAUGGUCCAGGUGGACCCAAAAUCUUAGAGAAAAGGCCUCUUCCAUCCCAACAGGUUGUUUAAGAAAAUGUGGGGACAAAGUAUUUUUUUCUUGCAGAUGAGUGGAGCUGUUCAGGAGAGUUGCCCACCCAUCAUUUCCAUGCUUAAAGUGUGGAAGAGCUUGUCAGAAGACAGGCCUCACUCAUUCUUGAGCCAUCAACAAAAAGAAGAAACCAUUUAAAUGCUUGGAUUGUGGGGAAGUUUUCAGUGGGAAGACAAAUCUUCCUCAUCAUCAGGCAUUUCACAAGGGGAGAAACAUUUGAAAUGGCUAGAGUAAGGAAACUGUUUCAGUCUAAGCUGACACCUGUAAUAUCAGUGAGGAAGUGGUUGCAAAUCCAAGGAAGCCUACCCCAACCUAUUGUAGUGUACAGGCUGAGCAAAUGACUUCAUGGGCCAUAACAAUUUCUGCUUCCCAGUUGGAAGCAGGGCUGGUUAGUGUAUAGCCCACAUAGUGGUCUCUGCUGUGAAGACUGAACCUGGUGUGUAACUGUUGGCAUCUGCUGCUUGGAGAAAACACAUCCUCUCACUCUCCUACUACAUUUUCCAGGUCCUGGACUGGAUGCAAAGGAAUUGGUUUGCCCAGCAUAGUGGCAAAAGUGUACAGUAGCCCAUUUUCAUCUCUAAAUCUGCUUGCUAUCUUGGGUUUGGCUCCUUAUGGUCAAGAAUGGAGGCAGUGGUUCAGGUGAAGAUCCACAGGGCACUGAGCAACCAAGUUAUAUCCUCCCCCAUCCCUAACAUCUGGCCUGGAGAGGUAUUGAUUUUCAAGCAGACUCUCAGCAGAGUCCUUAGAGUAGCAAAGCAUACAAUUUAACUUCCACCCUACCCUUCAUCUCCAUCAUGUGACCCUGGCAAUAACAGAACUACUAACAUAGUACAGAAGAGGCUGGUAACCUACCUGAUUGGCCUCUGAGGGCCAGCCUAGCCACAUCCAGAGAACCUGAACCUCACAAGUUUGACCUCCAGAUGAUAAAUUAACUACAACAACUACAAACACAACAAUAGUGUAUAACAAUUGUGAACUGCAUCUAGGAUGACCAAUGAAAAACAAUUAUAUACAAGUAUUGCAGGAAGACAGAGGAGUCUGCAAAAACAGUGUUGUACACCCCCUCGUGCAUACAAUAGUUUAUCUCUAACUGGCUCAGGAUUCUUCCAUGUCAGUGUUCUCUGCUGUUACAGGCAUCUAUUCAACGGCUGUAAAUGCAUUCAAAUAUCUUGUCUUUGGUUGUAGAAUCUGGCCCAUGAGUACCAAUUUCUAGGCGCAUGUGGACAAUGGACUUCGGGAGGUGUAUGUUUUCUGAGAUUCUAGGGAAGAUAACAGAAAGCUUUGGGUCUGUGUUUGCACUUUUAAGCCUGUUACCACAUGAGCAGACUGACCAGGAUAUUUAUCUUGGACAUGACAUACUUAGAAUUGCAAUGGGCUGUGAUCCGACAUAUGUUUAUUUCUUAUGUUUCUAACUCUCCCAGCAGUUGUAGUUUUCUGCUUGGUGUACUUGGAGUGGAUAUUUUUAUGGUUUGCAAACAUAACAUGCAGUAAAAUAAUAAAAACUGUGUAUUAAGAGGGAAAGCAGCAGCAAAAAGAAUAAAAUGGCACCAGAUCUAAAAGUACUGAAAGGAUUCUGAACAAGCUGGAAAAAUAAAAAGCCCUUUCUUUGGCAGUGAAAAAA